AUGUUUUCCAGGACAGUUUUCUCGGCCUUCCGGCCCAUCUCGCGGCCAGCUCCUCUGCGCGCUAUUCGUGCCCCAGCAUACCCUCUUCCUUCCAUUCUCUACGCCCGCCUGAUCUCCACAGAAACAAAGGCUGCAAUUGAUAAGGCCGUUGCUUCAGCUCCCGUGGUUCUGUUCAUGAAAGGCACUCCUGAGACUCCUCAAUGCGGCUUCUCACGUGCCAGCAUUCAGAUCCUGGGUCUCCAGGGUGUUGAUCCUAAGAAGUUCGUUGCUUUCAACGUUCUAGAGGACCCUGAAUUGCGCCAGGGUGUCAAGGAAUACUCGGACUGGCCUACUAUCCCUCAGUUGUACCUCGACAAGGAGUUUGUUGGUGGUUGUGAUAUCUUGAUGUCCAUGCACCAGAAUGGUGAGCUUGCUAAAUUACUUGAGAGCAAGGAUGUUCUUGUGUCUGCGGACCAAUAG